AAAAAUCCCCAAAAAAUAACUUUCCCCGCCAUUUGCAUCCUCCGUUUCUCUCCCAAAUUCUCUCUUUCUAGGGCUCACAACUCUCUCUGCAACUGACAAAACCCUAAUUCUUCUCUAAUUACCCCAUGCUUCCGCAUUUUUACAUUAUUACCACUUCCAAUCUACUCUACAUCACUCUAUGUUCAUGCUUUCACUGUGCCAAUUGUUAACUCACCGGUUUAUCAAUCGAUGAGCAAUUCAAAUUCACAUACUACCGGCUCCGGUGUCUGGGGCAUAGGGCUUUCGAACACUAUUCACUCGGAGGUUGCGCCUUGCUUGCCGUUGCCGUCGCUUCCGGUGUUUUGUGGCGCAUCGGAUCCAAACCUUCGGUUGUUCGAUGAAGCUACUGCUUGGUCUUUGAAUCGAAGUGAAAUUCUCUCUCAGUCUGUUCGUAUCGCUGAUCUGCUUCGAGAAACUGACGUUUCGUAUCUGAACCUUAGACACGAGACAAGGCCAUGUCCAUCUGAAUUUGUGGAGCCUUUAGAGCUUUAUGACCAGGUUCUCCAAUGUAAUCCCCAAGCAUUCGAACAUGGAACUCCUCUCCAAUGUAAUCCUGAAGCAUUUGAGCAUGUAACUCCUCUCCAAUGUAAUCCUGAAGCAUUCGAGCAUGUAACUCCUGGUAAACAAAGUAAGAAGCAAACUUCUGAAAAUACAGUGUUUGAAAGCAAGCCCAUUGGGUCAAGUGUACCUGUGUUCAAGCAAGGUCAUAGAGAGUAUGAUGGAACUCAAGAUCACCAGCUGAACUCCAUUCACCAACUCAACUCCAUUCCUAAUGACAUUGCAUCAUCUUCAAAAAAGCCAAAAGUCAAGAAGAAGGUUACUGAUGACAUACCACCAGUGGUCCAGCCAGAUCCUGCUGAGUUUCAAGAUGCCAUCAUUGGAAGCUUCUGUGAUAUGCUAGAAGACUUCUAUGGUAGAUCUGAGAUUAUGAGUGAUGAACGGGAUGAAGCAGAGUGGUUGUCAGUGCCUGUUGCAGAACUUAGGAUUCUUGUAAAUGAAAUAAUGUCCAUACGUGCAAAAAGGCUUCUACAUUUGGUUCCUGUAGAUAUUCUAGUGAGGCUCUUACGAGUUCUCGAUCAUCAGAUACACCGAGCUGAAGGUUUGUCUGUUGAUGAAUGUGAUCAUCCAGAUUCAGAUGCAAUCUCCUUGGUCUUUUGUGCCCUGGAAUCCAUUCAUGCAGCUCUGGCUGUAAUGGCUCAUAAUAACAUGCCGAAGCAACUAUAUAAAGAAGAGAACAUUGAAAGAAUUCUGGAGUUUUCUAAACACCAAAUAAUGGAUGUCAUCUCAGCUUAUGAUCCAGCAUAUCGUGCUUUGCAUAAGUCAAAUGACAAUGGAGCACCUGAAUUUGAUGAAGAUGAAGAUCUUGAGACUGACUAUGGUUCAGCAAGCAAGAGAAGGCGUAGUCAAAAGAGUGUAAAAAUGAAGAAAUCAACAUCAAACAAGGUCUCUGGCGCUAUAAAUACUAUACUACAGAAACUGUGCACUGUUCUUGGUUUACUGAAAGAUUUGUUGUUAAUUGAGAGGUUAUCUGAUAGUUGCAUUCUACAACUGGUGAAGACAAGCUUCACAACAUUUUUGGUGGAUAAUAUUCAACUCUUGCAAUUGAAGGCAAUUGGUUUAAUUAGCGGGAUAUUCUAUAAAUAUACACAGCACCGAACAUAUAUUUUAGAUGAAAUAGUUCAACUUCUCUGGAAGUUACCAGUUUCAAAGCGAGCACUGAGAUCCUACCACCUGCCUGAUGAAGAACAGAGGCAGAUUCAGAUGAUUACUGCUUUGUUGAUUCAAUUGGUACACAGCAGUGCAAAUCUUCCUGAUGCUUUGAGAGAAGCAUCGAGUGGCAAUUCCAUCUUAGAGAUCUCUUUGGAUGCUAGUUAUCCACCCAAAUGCCACGAAGCUGUCACGGAGACGUGCUGUCUUUUCUGGACCAGAGUUCUUCAGCGCUUCACAACAGUAAAAAAUCAGGAUGCUUCUGAACUAAAAGUGAUGAUGGAAAAUCUUGUUACAGAUCUACUGACAACUCUGAAUUUACCUGAAUACCCUGCUUCAGCUCCUAUUCUGGAGGUUCUUUGUGUAUUGCUGCUCCAGAAUGCUGGGCUGAAAUCCAAGGACACUUCUGCACGUUCCAUGGCCAUUGAUCUUCUUGGUACCAUUGCAGCAAGGUUGAAGCAAGAUGCUGUCAUUUGCAGCAAGAACACAUUUUGGGUAUUAGUAGAAUUGAAUUCUGGUGAUAAUAUCAAUCAGAGUUAUCCAGAAGACAUCUGUUUUGUUUGCUUAGAUGGAAGACUUGAUAAAACACUGUUUAUGUGUCAAGGAUGUCGCAGAUUUUUUCAUGCAGAUUGCAUGGGAGUAAGAGAACAUGAAGCUCCUAAUCGGAGUUGGCAAUGCCAGAUUUGUGUUAGCAAGAAGCAACUUGUUGUGUUACAAUCAUACUGCAAAUCACAGAGUAAGGAUGAAGGGAAAAAGAAUAGUAUUCAUUCAGAAAAGAAUUCUAAAGCUUGUGAUCCCAUUACAAAAGUUGAAAUUGUUCAACAGUUGCUAUUGAAUCACCUGCAAGAUUCUGUAUCUGCUGAUGAUGUGCACCUUUUUGUUCGAUGGUUUUAUCUGUGCUUAUGGUACAAGGAUGAUCCUAAGUCACAACAGAAGUUGUUUUACUACCUUACUAGACUCAAAUCAAAUCUUGUUGUGCGUGAUUCUGGGACUACCCAUUCUAUGUUGAUGAGGGAUUCAGUGAAGAAGAUUACUUUGGCACUAGGGCAAAAUAGUUCUUUCUGUAGGGGGUUUGAUAAGAUUCUUCAUAUGCUUCUGGCAAGUUUAAGGGAGAACUCCCCUGUAAUUAGGGCCAAGGCAUUACGAGCAGUCAGUAUUAUUGUAGAAGCUGACCCGGAGGUGUUACGUGACAAACGUGUACAAUUGGCUGUUGAAGGAAGAUUUUGUGACUCUGCGAUAUCUGUAAGAGAAGCAGCACUGGAACUUGUUGGUAGGCAUAUUGCAUCACAUCCUGAUGUCGGGCUGCAGUAUUUUGAGAAAGUUGCUGAGAGGAUAAAAGAUACAGGAGUGAGUGUUCGUAAACGAGCUAUCAAAAUUAUCCGAGAUAUGUGCACUGCAAAUGCUAACUUCUCUGAAUAUACAACUGCUUGUAUUGAAAUCAUUUCUCGUGUUAGCGAUGAUGAGUCAAGCAUUCAGGAUCUGGUCUGCAAGACAUUUUAUGAGUUCUGGUUUGAGGAAUCAUCUGGUUUGCAGACACAAUAUUUUGGAGAUGGAAGUUCUGUACCUUUGGAGGUGGCCAAGAAGACUGAGCAAAUCGUUGAGAUGUUGAGGAGGAUGCCAAGUCAUCAGCUUCUUGUCACUGUCAUUAAGCGCAACCUAGCCCUUGAUUUUUUCCCCCAAUCAGCUAAAGCUGUUGGGAUCAAUCCUGUGUCGCUUGCAUCAGUUCGUAACCGUUGUGAGUUAAUGUGCAAGUGCUUACUAGAGAGGAUUUUGCAGGUAGAGGAAAUGAACAGCGAGGAAGUAGAGGUCCGAACGCUGCCUUAUGUGAUGGCAUUGCAUGCAUUUUGUGUCGUGGAUGCUACACUUUGUGCACCGGCUUCUGAUCCUUCACAGUUUGUAGUCACUCUACAGCCAUAUCUCAAGACUCAGGUUGACAACCGAGCAGUUGCGCAGUUGCUGGAAAGUAUAAUCUUUAUAAUUGAUUCUGUUCUCCCCCUAAUCCGAAAGUUGUCUCCGGUUGUUGUUGAAGAGCUUGAACAAGAUUUGAAGCACAUGAUUGUUCGGCAUUCAUUUUUAACAGUUGUCCAUGCUUGCAUCAAGUGUCUUUGCUCUUUGAGUAGAGUAGCAGGAAAGGGUGCUGCUGUUGUUGAAUAUCUUAUUCAGGUGUUCUUCAAACGUCUGGAUGCUCCGGGAAAUGAUAACAAGCAGCUGGUUUGCCGCUCUCUAUUUUGUCUUGGUUUGCUUAUUCGCUAUGGGAAUUCUUUGCUGAACACCAUUGGUAACAAAACGAUUGAUGUAAGCUACCUUGGGUUGUUCAAAAAGUAUCUUCGAAUGGAAGAUUUUGGUGUAAAAGUCAGAUCUCUGCAGGCAUUAGGUUUUGUUCUAAUUGCUAGGCCUGAAUUUAUGCUGGAGAAGGACAUUGGGAAAAUAUUAGAGGCAACUUUAUCUUCUGGUUCUGAUGUUCGUCUUAAGAUACAAGCAUUGCAAAACAUGUAUGAAUAUCUUCUUGAUGCUGAAAGCCAAAUGGGGACAGAUAAAGCCGGUAAUAAUCAAAGUCAUUAUCCUGUAGAGCAGGGAAACAGUGUUCCUGUUGCUGCAGGUGCUGGUGAUACUAACAUCUGUGGGGGUAUAGUUCAGUUGUACUGGGAUAGUAUUUUGGGGAGAUGCCUGGAUUUCAACGCACAAGUUCGCCAGACUGCACUUAAGAUUGUGGAGGUAGUGCUGCGACAAGGUCUUGUUCAUCCUAUCACUUGUGUUCCGUACCUUAUAGCACUUGAAACAGAUCCUCAAGAGUCGAACUCGAAGUUGUCACAUCAUUUGCUUAUGAAUAUGAAUGAGAAGUAUCCUGCAUUUUUUGAAAGCCGGCUGGGGGAUGGUCUGCAACUAUCAUUUAUGUUCAUGCAAUCCAUUUGUGGUGUUUCUCCUGAAAAUCUAAACCAAAAACUCCAAUCCAAAACUGCUGGAAAUUCAAAGGGAAAACCUGAAGGUGGCUCGCUUGUGCAAGCAAGGCUUGGAGUUUCCCGAAUUUACAAGCUUAUUCGUGGAAACCGUGCUUCAAGGAACAAAUUUAUGUCUUCAAUUGUGCGUAAAUUUGAUAAUCCAAGCUGGACCAAUUCAGUUGUUCCAUUUUUGAUGUAUUGCACAGAAGUACUUGCUUUGCUGCCAUUUACUAUUCCUGACGAACCCCUUUAUUUGAUUUAUGCUAUAAAUCGGAUAAUACAAGUUAGGGCUGGAGCACUUGAAGCAAAUAUGAAAGGAUUAAUUUUACAUUUGUCGCAAAGAAAUUCCCAGAAGGCAACUCAUGAAAAUGGAGUAUUUCAGCAAGAGCCAGCUCAGCCCGUUCUUAAUCAUUUGGCCAUGAUGGAUUUAAAUAGGAUGAUGCAACAAGAUCCAGUUUCUCAGCCCAAUUCGACUCCUUUGACAUCGUUUGAUUUGAAUGGAACAGUUCAGGAAGAGCCUCAUUUCGUCUUGAAAUCUAGUGCCUCAGGAGAACCAAAGAUGGAUAAGAACUCUGGAGAGACUCUCAGCAUCUCAAAAGAUGAUGUGGAGAAAAUCCAGGUUGAUUGUCUCUGGGCAAUUGCAUUACAACUUCUUUUGAAGCUGAAGAGGCAUCUUAAAAUUGUGUACAGCCUGAAUGAUGCCCGCUGCCAGGCUUUUUCUCCAAAUGAACCCCCGAAACCUGGGGAAGCUCUUUCAAGGCAGAAUAUUCCAUUUGACGUCAGUGAAACAUCUACUAGUGUGCCAUCUACAUACCAAGAUUUGCUACAGAGAUAUCAGGAAUUUAAGAAUGCUUUAAAGGAAGAUGCUGUUGAUUACACCACUUACACCGCAAACAUCAAGAGGAAACGCCCUACCCCUAGAAAGGCAAAAUAUGGACAACGGAUGAAUGGAGAUGAAGAUGAUGAUGAUGAUGACGGAGAGUGGACAGGAGGAGCUCGGCGGCAAAGUGGUGGUGGCGGUGGCGGCAGGAGAGGUAACAGCAAUAGAGCAGGUAGGCAGCGAUGAUGAUAGCUUUUGUAAAUAUGAAAUAGAUAGGCUAACAUGUACAUUACUUAGGAGAGAAAAAAAAAAAGAAAAGGCAAUAGAAUAGCCUGACAUCAAAAGGAAAGAAAUUUCUGGAAACAGAAGAAAGGAGAGGUCUUGUUAUAUAUGAUAGCAGUUGGUUCUGUUUCCACUUUGUAAUUUGUAAUUUGCUCAAAAUAUAUUUUGUGACUACAUUCUUUUCUGUCAAUGAAAUUCACGAUUCUUGCAUUCA